AUGGCCUUCCACAAACAGCCCUGGAUCGAAACGCCGCUGCUCGAGUCGAGCAUUCUCUCCAAGAUCGCUGGGUGUCGCAUCUUUCUCAAACUCGAGAAUCUCCAGCCGUCAGGGUCUUUCAAAUCAAGGGGCAUAGGUAACUCGAUGAUCAGCAGCAUACGAGAGCAAGACCCCUCCGACACACGAGAAGUCCACUUCUACACGUCGUCCGGCGGCAACGCUGGUCUAGCCUGUGUCAUCGCCGCAGUCUCAUUGGGGUUCAAAGCAUCAGUCGUCGUACCAGAAAGUACAGACGAGUGGACAAUCAACAAGCUCCGUGCCGCUGGCGCAAACGAAGUCACUGUACACGGUGCCACGUGGUUUCACGCCGACAGCUAUCUCAGAGAGACCGUCAUCCCGGCUGCAGAGAAGCAUGGCGAGCGCGGCAUCUACAUCCACCCAUUCGACAAGCCGGCUGUAUGGGAGGGUGCUUCGACCAUGGUCGACGAGAUAAAGACACAGAUGCCCCACGACGAACGACCAGAUGCCAUUGUCUGCUCUGUAGGAGGCGGCGGUCUGUUCUCGGGAAUCAUGAUGGGUCUUGAUCGUGCUGGUUGGGGCGACCAGGUCCAAGUUCUCCCCGUAGAAACUUUAGGUGCAGACUCGCUCGCACAAUCCGUCGAAAAGGGCACGCUAAUCACUCUUCCUGGCAUCACAUCCAUCGCGACAUCGUUGGGAGCCAUCCAAGUAGCAGAGAAUGCCUUCAAAGAAGCCCAGCGCCCAACCGUCACGCCUGUCGUCCUUGAAGACGCCGAAGCCUGCUCAGCAUGUUGGCGAUUCCUCGACGACGAGAGAUAUCUGGUCGAACCCGCCUGUGGCGUCAGUGUCGCAUUGGCAUACGACGGCAGACUAAAGCACUGCCUCAAAGAUUUCCGGCCGGAGUCCAAGGUCGUUCUCAUUGUGUGUGGAGGAUCCAAGAUCUCCCUUGACCUUCUCAACAAGUAUCAAUCACGAUUUCAACAACGGAGUGAAGAACUGGCGGCUAAAUAUGGAUGA